UCCGGUCGGUGGGCGGUCCCCCAUCGGCCGUCCGCCAGUUCACCAGUCCGCCCUCGUCAACCGCGGUGUGUCUGUCUAUAGUGUCGACUCUUCCGUCUUCGUGCGACCGAUCUCUUUGCCCGUCCGUCGGUCAAUCAGUCAGUCCGCCCGUCGUCACCACCGCGGUUGUCCGAUACGUAUUGCGCGCGACGGUAGGCAGCGGGGUGUUUGUUCUUGUAGUACGCCGCUAAACUCUAAAGGCCCUUUUCCCUUCCAAAGUUCCACCCACUACAACUGACGCCAACGUUUUCCGACCGGUCGUCGCGUCGAUAUUAUUAUAAUUAAAAAAUAUUAAAUAGGUAUCGCACCGCCGCCGAGCCGCCGAGGUAUAAAUUAAAAAAAGGGUAGGUGCCCAAAAUCAUCGCCACCGUCACUUGUUGAAUGCCGUGAUUUCGUUCCUUUUUGUACAUCCAUCUGCGGUGACGACGAUGGACUCUAACAGCACCAGUAAAAAGUUCAAGGAGCAACUCAUCAAAAAUGUGAAGAAAGAGGUGAAACAAAUAAUGGAAGAAGCUGUAACUAGGAAGUUUGUACACGAAGAAAGUGGCUCAAUUACAUCUCUUUGCGCUGCUGUUGAAGCAUGUCUAUCUCAAGGAUUGAGGCGAAGAGCAUUGGGAUUAUUUAAAACUAGUUCAACAACAGCAUUAUUACAUAAAAUGGCGAAAAAUUUUGAACCUGCCUCCAUAAUUAGUCAGAAAGUUCAAGAAAUGGAAAAUACUGACCCAAAUAAACCAAUAACUCUAAGACGUGAUUCAAUGGCCUCACCAAGAAUUUGCCCAUGCAUUUUAAAUAGAAGAGGUUCAUUAACUUGGUUAUUAUUUAACAAUGAAAAAUCUGUAGUAGUUUCUCCUUUUAGAAGAAGCAGUAAUUUAACCCCAACACAAAUUUGUACAUGCACGUUAAACCGGAGAAGUUCAUUGACUUGGUUACUAUUUGGCAAUGAUAAUAGUGAUAGCUGUGCAACUAGAGCUGCAUCCGUGAACAGUACAUUAACUAGUAGUAUAACACUUCCGAAUGUCCAUCCACCACCUUUGACAAAGAAAAAUUCAGCCGGUAGUGGUUUGGGUCCUACAUCCAUAACUCUUCCCAAGUAUUUAUGGAUUCGCCUGGCAUUGUUCGAAAAACUUUUAGCUGUGAUAAUUGACCAUUUAGUUCAAAAUUGCAGUAAAUAUUACGAAAAAGAUUCCUUAGUAGCAGAUCCAGAUUAUGGAAGCAUUUUAAGUUCACUACUAGUUGGACCGUGUGCUUUAGAUUAUUCUCGUACAAAAUCACAUGAUCAAUUUUGGACUGAUCCACCUGCCGAUGAAUUAGUUCAAAGACACCGUAUAUCAAGUGGUUAUCAUACAUCUCCACCAUGUCGUACUCCCAUAAAUUAUCGUAGAAAUCUACAUGCCACAAGUAAUGAUGAUAAUCAAAGACAAACUCCUAUAUCUGCUAAAGACUAUGUGGAAUCAUUGCAUCAAAAUAAUAGAGUUACUCUACUAUACGGGAAAAAUAAUGUUUUAGUUUUACCGAAGGAUGUAACUGAACCUAUGGCAGGUUACUUGUCUCUACAUCAAACUGCUAGUUCAUUGAUUAUAAAAUGGACUCCAAAUCAACUUAUGAAUUGUCAUUCUCCUGGUACUAAUCAGAACGAUCACCCUGAAAUUGAUGCAAGUGAUAAAAGCCAGUAUUGGGACUAUGCGAUGAAUGUUAAUGUAGAUGAAAUAGUGUAUGUUCAUUGUCAUCAACAAGGAAAUGACAAUGGUGGAACUAUAGUUUUAGUUGCACAAGAUGGUGUACAACAACCACCCAUACAUUUUCCUCAAGGAGGCCACUUGCUAGCAUUCCUUACUUGUUUAGAAAAUGGUCUAUUACCUCAUGGUCAACUGGAUCCUCCAUUGUGGCCUCAAAGAGGCAAAGGAAAAGUCUUUCCUAAACUUCGAAGAAAAGGAAGAUCCCAAAUACAAGAUAUUUCUAAUGAUUUAUCUAGCAAUACAGAAGAAUCUCGAGAUUAUGUUUUUCAAAUAAUUAGUAAAGCUAGACAUGAAGAAUUUUUAUCUAGAGGAGAAGAGAUAUUGGAUUCCAAAAUUUGGUCUAUGCCUUCAGCUGCAAAUAAUAUGCUUAAUAGAGUAAGAGGUCAUUUGGAGUCAUCGUCGACUAAUUCAUCAACAUCUACAUCCAGUAGCUUGGAUCCUGUAGCUUCUCCAUUAUUAAUAAACAUUCAAAAUACGAGUAAAGAUACUGGUGAUUCUUUGCAAAUCCUAUGCGAAACAAUGAAAAAGCAAAUCAUAUCUAGAGCAUUUUAUGGUUGGCUUGCAUAUUGUCGUCAUUUAACAACUGUGCGAACUCAUUUAUCAGGUCUUGUAAACACUGUAAUAAUAGAUUCUAGUGAUGCAGAAACAGGAUUAACUAAGGAAAAAUGGUAUUCAUUUAAAAAUGAUUCAAACCUUGUUAAUGAUGAUACCAAAUUAGAAAUUUUUAGACUAACUUAUUUUGGAGGAGUCCAACAUGACAUUCGAAAAGAAGUUUGGCCAUUUUUAUUAGGGCACUAUAAAUUUGGUAGUACAGUUGAAGAACGAAAUGCUGUUGAUUUACAUUGUAAGCAAGAGUAUGAAACAACGAUGUCUGAGUGGAUGGCAGUUGAAGCAAUAAUCAGACAAAAAGAUCGUGAAACAAUGGCAGCUAAUUUAGCAAAACUAUCAAGUGAAAGUACGUCUGGUGGAGAUGCACCACCACCAACUCCAAACACCUCAAAAGUUCUCAGUCAAGAACUUAGUAAUGAUGUAUUUGAAGAUAACAUUAAUUUUUCAUCAGACGAAGAUAAUCCUCCAGUUGUUGAUGAUACUCAAUUAGAACAAAAUGCGGAAUUUUGUGAAAAACCCACUAAUCAAACAAAUACAAAAAAACAUAUUGAAAAUAUGCCUAAAGAAAUUGAUUGUGAUAAAAAAUCUUUAUCAUCAGAUGAAGGAUUAGGUAAAGAUGAAGUUACUGAAAAAGACAUGACCAUUAAGAAAAAUACGUCUGAAGACACAUCAUUAUAUUGUCCUACCUCAGUAAUUGUCACAACAAAUAUAAGCCAAGAAAAAACUAUGGACAAUCCUAAUGAUGAAAACGAUAAAAUAGAUAGUAAAGAUAAUAAUAACACUUCUAAAUUAGCAGUAGAUGAGAAUGAAGGAGCGGGAGGAUCUAAUCAUGAACAAAGGUCUGCUUGCAUAUCUCCAGCAAGUUCUCAAGGAGGAAUAUACCCAGUAGAGUUGGUUGAAAAUUUUGGACUUAAUGUGCAUAGAAUUGAUAAGGAUGUUCAACGAUGUGAUAGGAAUUAUCCCUAUUUUACUCUUGAAAAUCUAGAUAAAUUAAGGAAUAUAAUAUGCACAUAUGUUUGGGAUCAUUUAGAAAUGGGAUAUAUGCAAGGAAUGUGUGAUCUUGUUGCUCCUCUUUUAGUUAUUCUGGAUGAUGAAACUUUAUCUUAUUCGUGUUUUUGCUUAUUAAUGGAAAGAAUGUCGGCCAAUUUUCCACACAGUGGUGGUGCUAUGGACACACAUUUUGCUAAUAUGAGAUCCCUAGUACAAAUACUAGAUUCAGAAAUGUUUGAACUUAUGCAUGAAAAUGGAGAUUUCACUCACUUUUAUUUUUGUUAUCGAUGGUUUUUGCUGGAUUUCAAACGAGAAUUAUUAUAUGAUGACGUAUUUACGGUAUGGGAAACGAUAUGGGCUGCCAAAGAGAUGUCUUCUUCUCAUUUUGUGCUUUUCUUCGCUCUCGCUCUUGUGGAAACAUACAGAGAUAUUAUUUUGGCCAACCAUAUGGAUUUCACGGAUAUCAUCAAAUUUUUUAAUGAAAUGGCAGAACAUCAUGACGCUAAAACUGUCCUAUCACUUGCAAGAAAUCUAGUAUUACAAUUACAGACGUUAAUAGAAAAUAAAUAAAACAGUUGUAUUUACCUCAUGACAUAUAAUUAUGUAAUCUUAGGCCUUAGUUAUAAUUAAUGUAUAAUUUAAUUAUUAUAUUGUAUUAUUUAUUUUCUUACAAAAGUGGUCUCCAAACUGUAUACUCCAAAAUUGUGUACAUAGAACAAAGGUACAUAGGUAUUUUUGGACAUUUUAAGUAAUACAAUAUAGAACCAUACUUUUGCAAAACCUAAAAAAUACUUUUUGUUAUAUGUUGCACGUGUAUAUCACACAAGUGUACAACAUAUAAUUUAUUAAUUGCAUACCAUAUACCAUGUACCUUGUAGAGUGUAUGUCUCAGCAUAAUUAUUAACUCAUACCAUAAUCAUAUACCAUGUAUUUAAAUAUUAGGUGAGUUUUAAUGUGUUAUAGGAAGUUGAAUUUAUAAUUAUAUACAAUAAUAUGCGUUCUGUGCAUUUUAAGGUAUAUGGUUUAAAAUAUACUAUUAUUUAUUUGGUUUAUUUUCUUACAAUUAAAAAGUGAGGAGGCCCCUGAUUUAAAGUUUAUAGAUGAUACUUUAUUAUGUUUAAAUAAUUUGUUUAAUAUAUAUGAUCAAUAGUUAAAACUUAUAAGUAAUAUUUUUACUUCAUAUUUAUUUAAUAUAUUAAUAUUAUAAUAAUAUUUAAGACUGCCUUAGCCUUGUAAAAGGUAAAAAUUAUAAAGAGUUCAAUAUAUUCAUUAAAUGUUUUUGUUGGAAUGUAAUUUUAAUUUUUUAAUAUUUAUUAAAAUUAAAAAUAAUUUUAAACUAUAAAUUAUAAUAAAGAUAAAAAAAUUAUUAACUAUUGUUAACUUACCUACAUAUUUUAAU